AUCCUCGAGGGGUGCCAGUGAAUCUGCAGUUUGGAUUAAUCGUCAAACUCAAAAAGGCUACCGAAGGAGAAUGACGAACGGAAGGAUGACGAGGAGUUGGAUCGCCGUGUUCGUUCUAAUUUCGAUGGCCGGCACGUGGCUGCAGCAGCACGGCUGCGUCGCGGAGCUCUACACCGCGUUGGCGGACAUGGAGGAGCUACUGGAAACGGAAGCGGUGCUCAUCGACACGCUGAACGGCUACAUUAAAGCGCAGGAAGAACGCCUGGCCACUCUGAGAAAAAACGUGGAAGAUUACGCGAGGGAGCACGAGGAGGCCUCGAGGAACAUACAGCAGUACCUGUCGAAUCCGAUCAACGCUUAUCUGUUGGUGAAAAGGUUGACCACCGAUUGGAAACGGGUCGAGGAGCUGAUCACCCAGGACGUGGGCAAGUCGUUCGUCGCGAAUAUCACCAAUUCCAGGAGCGACCUGAAAUUCCCAACUGACGAGGACCUUAACGGCGCGGCUGUCGCUUUGAUGAGGCUGCAGGACACGUACAAACUCGAGACUGCACAGGUCGCCAGAGGCGUGUUGAACGGUGUUCAGUAUAGCACCGGAUUAAGCGCCAGCGAUUGUUUCGAACUUGGCAGACAAUCUUAUCACAAUCGUGAUUACUAUCACACCGUCCUUUGGAUGCAAGAAGCCAUGGAUCGUCUUCAGGAGGAACAAAACGCCACCACUACCUCGAAGCCAGACAUAUUAGAAUAUUUGGCGUUCUCAACUUACAUGCAAGGGAAUGUGGCGCGAGCUUUAAGUAUGACGAACGAGCUUCUGGAGCUGGUACCGACCCACGAACGUGCCCUGGGCAAUCGAGCUUACUAUCAAAAGGAAAUCCAGAGCAAAGCUAGCCAGUCGAAAAAGAAACGCGGCGAGGACGGCCAAGACGACACCGCUGUACCUGCUCAACAUUUCACUGUCGCGGAAGAGAAAGUGAAAACCUGGGAGGAAAUGACGGAGAGGGAACGGUACGAAAUGCUGUGCCGUGGAGAGGUAUCGAUUCCCCCGGAAGUGCAGAAGAACCUCAAGUGCCGUUACGUCGAUCGUGGAAUUCCAUUUCUAAAAAUUGCGCCAUUCAAGGAAGAGGAGGCCUAUCUGGACCCACGAAUAGUCGUUUAUCACAACGUGAUAUACGACGAGGAGAUCGAGACGAUUAAAAGAAUGGCACAGCCUAGAUUCAAACGUGCCACGGUGCAGAACUACAAAACUGGUGCCUUAGAGAUAGCGAAUUAUAGGAUUAGUAAGAGCGCGUGGCUUCAGGAACACGAGCAUAAACACGUGGCGGCUGUGAGCAGGCGUGUCGAGCACAUGACCAGUAUGACUGUCGAUACGGCCGAAGAAUUACAAGUAGUUAAUUAUGGCAUCGGUGGCCAUUACGAGCCACAUUUUGAUUUCGCGCGGAAAGAGGAAACAAACGCGUUCAAAAGCCUAGGAACAGGAAAUCGCAUUGCCACAGUUUUAUAUUAUAUGAGCGACGUGGAACAAGGUGGUGGCACAGUUUUCACAGCAAUCAACAUUUCACUAUGGCCGAAGAAAGGCAGCGCUGCCUUCUGGUAUAAUCUCAAACCAAACGGCGAGGGAGAUUUCAAAACCAGACACGCGGCUUGUCCUGUUCUAACCGGUUCCAAAUGGGUGGCAAACAAGUGGCUUCACGAAAGAGGACAAGAAUUUCUAAGGCCGUGCACCCUCGAGAAUCAAACAGCCGACGAAGCUGAUGUCAGGCACUGAGUCGUUAAUCUAACUCCGGAUCACUGCUAGUGAAAAUGAACGAAAACAGAAAGAAAACAAAACACAACAAAAAAAAAAAAAACGAUACGUGUCUAAAUCUCCAAUCGACCGUUCAAACGCGACAAAUCUACAUUACACCUGCGCCGUUAUAUAAACAGUGUGUUUAGUAUUGAAUGAGAAACAGAAGACAUUGUUCUAUUCGUCGCGAGAUACGGACGACGGUUUUUUUACAAGUCGAACGACCUCUUUCGAGACAAAACGCGGUUUUAAUCCCGACGAGAAAAUUUAGCGUUUAACAGUAGAACAACCAGUUUUUAGUAUGCGUCGAAAUAUUCUACAUAUGAAUCAUUAUAAUUUAUGUAGAAUAAUUUAUUUAAAUCAUUAUAAUUAAUAUAAAUAAAUCUGUUUCUGUCUACAAUUGUGUUUCUGUCUAAACAGAAAUCAAUAUUACUUUUGACUGUAUCUUUUAAGCAGUUGUAAAGAAAGAAAAUCUAUAAUCUGUCAUAUUGAUGUUUGGAAAUUUGGUUGUUCUAGUGUUAAUUAUGUGCAUUUGAAGAUUCAAAAAGAUAUCUCGAUUUCUGAUCAGUUUUAUUAUAAAUAUUGAGAAAAUUGUACAGAUUAAAGUAACGAGGCAGUUUUCUUUCCAAAAAAAAAAAAAAAAAGAUUCGUUACAGCCUAGGAUUGAUAUAUUAUCCCUAGAUCCUAGGAUUUUUACAGAAAUAUACAGCAUUUAGGCGGUAGGGUACAUUAGAAUAUCAAGCAAUAACGAGUUGCAAGUUUGAGCCAAUUAUUAGGUUUUUCCUUAAAGAGAGAGACAAGAAAAAAAAGUAAAGGAAUUAGAGCUCUUGUGUACGUAUGGAAAAAGAAAAAAAAUUAUGUGUAUAGAGCACAAGACUCUGAAACAUUCUCGUCGCAUUUAUUAAACGCAAUUAACGUGUAAGAAUGUAAAAUGUGGAAUCGAGUAUUCCUGUGUUCAUCAGAGUAUUCUAAUGAAAUCUUUAAUCGCAUUGUUCCUUCUCCUAAGACACGUUUUACCCUCUUAACCGGGUCAUUUUUGUAAAUAGUAGUAAUACAAUCGAGAAACACGUCGACAAUUUCUUAGAUCCAUUCGUCUUGUAUACGAAUCGCUUGUAAAAAAAAAAAAAAGGAAAAAGAAAAGAAAAAGGAAAAUGGAAAGAGAAUAUUAGAGUAUAUCGACGGAGAAACAUGUCUGUUCAUACCGUGAUAUUGAUCUUAGCAUUUAAGACGUUAUUCUGCGAACUUUGAUGUUCGUCAUCGUCGAAUGAAAAAAAAAUUUUCCAAAAUUAUUAUAAUAGAAAUGAUAAUCGAACAGUAAGUCUUACCUUG